CCAGCGCCCAUCAGCCUCAGUGUGUGGGAGGAAUCCGAGCAGCGGAGGAUGAUGCUUAUGGCUGUCACAUCCCGAGGACCACCAGCGACACUUCAAAUGUGUGAUGUUAAAAGCCACAGCGGCAAGUGAACGAUGGUCUCGGUCGGCGUUUUCGUGGGGCUCAUAGUGGCCGUAGUUGUUCGUUCUGUCGGUGGCAUUCACGGCCAAAACCGGGCUUUAAUCGACUCCAAACAGAGAUCUGUGUUUCAGAGUGGCGUGGUCACCAUCCUCUCUAAGUCACAUGCAGACCGCAACGUUUAUCCUUCUGCUGGAGUGCUUUUCGUUCAUGUGCUAGAGAGGGAAUACUUUAAAGGAGAGUUCCCACCAUAUCCAAAAGCAGGUGAUUCGAGUAAUGACCCCAUCACAUUUAACACCAACCUUAAAGGCUAUCCAGACAGGCCUGGAUGGCUGCGGUACAUUCAAAGAACCCCUCAUAGUGAUGGAGUCCUCUAUGGAUCACCAACCGCUGAGCAUGUUGGCAAGCCAACCAUCAUCGAGAUUACCGCGUAUAAUAAACGCACUUUUGAAACUGCCAGGCACAACUUGGUCAUAAACAUCAUGUCUACAGAAGAAUUUCCUCUGCCUUAUCAGGCUGAGUUCUUCAUCAAGAACAUGAACGUUGAGGAGAUGUUGGCCAGUGAAGUGCUGGGAGAUUUUCUCGGUGCUGUCAAGAACGUGUGGCAACCGGAGAGACUCAAUGCCAUCAACAUCACUUCAGCUCUAGACCGAGGCGGACGAGUGCCAUUACCCAUCAACGACCUGAAAGAGGGUGUGUAUGUGAUGGUGGGAGCAGACGUGCAGUUCUCGUCGUGCCUUCGAGAGGUGGAGACUCCACAGAACCAGCUGCGCUGCAGUCAGGAGAUGGAGCCCGUCAUCAGCUGCGAUAAGAAGUUCAGAGCUCAGUUUAACAUCGACUGGUGCAAGAUCUCCCUGGUGGACAUCACUAAGGUUGUUCCUGUGCACAGUAACCGUCCAGACCCCGGCACAGGAGUGCUGCCAGACAUCGGCGAGUACAACCCGCCUUCCGAGUUGCUGAAAAGCAGAGAUUAUUUCGCUGACUUCCUGAUCACCCUGGCGGUGCCUUCAGCCGUCGCCCUGGUCCUCUUCAUCAUCCUCGGCUACUCCAUGUGCUGCCGACGGGAAGGGGUGGAAAAAAGAAACAUGCAAACACCAGAUAUUCAGCUGGUUCACCACAGCUCCAUUCAGAAGUCUACUAAGGAGCUUCGCAGCAUGUCUAAGAACCGGGAGAUUUCGUGGCCUCUUUCGACAUUGCCGGUCUUCCAUCCUGUGAGCGGAGAGGUGGUGCCGCCCAUCCAUCCUGACAACUACGAGACCACCAGCAUGCCGCUCAUGCAGACGCAGACAAAUCUUCAAAACCAGAUUCAAAUACCACAGCAGCAGUCCUCUGGAGAUAAUUAUUGUAUGUCGACUUUUCGGAGACUAGAGGUAAAUGGUAUUCUUGAGGAGAGAAAAGUGGCCGAAGCUCUAAACCUGUGAUCUCAUGUGGCUUCACUUUUGUACCUGUUUUAUCUCACCAAAUGUGCAUGUGUAGCUGUAGCUUCAAGCUAAAUGCCUUUGUGUUCUCAUGCACACAUGUAAAAGUGCAAUAUCCAAACACUUUUCAGCUAAUGUUGGAUGGACACACUAAAACAAUCUUUAAAAUAGUUUCCACAUUAAAUAUGUUGUCAAAUGUUCUAAAUUUUUGGUAUGAGCCACUAAUGGAGGCACAUUUAAUGAGAUCUGAACAGAUCAUUUUGUUCUCUUAUGUGAGUAAAUGUGUUUUGAUAAAUUAAUACACUUGCCACUAAAUAAAACCACUGGCGUAUGUUUGUUCUGUAAGACAUUUAAACAAAAAUGAAGAUGAUCACGUUUUUGAGAAGGGGUUUAUCGUCAGCAUUGACUGUACAAGAUGAAGGCAUUUUCAAAUUAAAUGAGCAUUUUCACAUUUUAGGACAUACUGUAUACACACACAGAAGAUUCCUUUGAGGCCUUUGGGGUUUCUUUAAAUAAUAAAGCGAACUAUACAAAUAAUUUGUUUUAUGAACAGACGUUGCUCAAAAAAAAAAAAAAAAAAAAAAAAAAAAAAUCAGUUAGUUGCAUGGAUCUGCCAGUUGAUGGCACACUGUACAAAUUUUGCUUUGCUUAGAAAACAUUUUAACUGAUGAAACAAAAUAUUAAUAUACCCUUUUAAAUUCACAUAUAUUGAACUGCUAUGAAAAGUAGAUUUAAAAAUGUGACCGUUUCAUAAUAAAUGCAACUUCUCAGCCAAAAUGUCUGAUAUUUAACUACAAUGUACCACUAUUGAAACAAUAUACCUGUCUCUCAAUGGCACAUAAUGAAGAAUCUAUUUACAGCAUUAUCAGUAAACUGAUAAAUUAUCUCUCUUUUUUUUUUUUUUUUUUUU